GCAUCAGACUUGAGCUGGCAUACAUUCAAUGUAUCCAAUUGUGUUAAGCGGUGCCUCCGACCACAGGAAAAUAGAACUGCAGAGUAAAUCCACCUCUUUCUGGGUUAGUGCUGACUGUUUGAAGCAAAUAGGGAACCAGGGGGCGUCUCUCUGCCAAGUGGUGCUGAAAAAAAUCCCCGUGCGACUCUUCAACAUUUCAGUGACUUCAACAAGUAGUGAGACCGACAACACUGAAGUGCAGCUUCAGAGAGCGCCCGGAAUCCUACACUGGGACAGCGACAGACCUCGGUCUGGGACAGAUGUGCCUAAUCUUUUCACGAGUUGCAAAGGAUUGUGAGGAGCUCCGUUCUUUUCAUUGUUUAGAAUCGAGGAGACGGCAUCCCGUUCUCACGGUCUUGUUUAGCUGAACUAUUUAUUGGUUUUUCAUCCAAAAGGUAUACAUGCCCUUGGUCUGACUCGCCUCUUCACAGCCAGUCGGGAAAAGGCGCCAACGUGACAGCGAGCGAUGGAGGCGAGAGGCGGCCAGGGUCUGUCCGCAGAGCCCAGCUACACGGACCCGAAGGUCAUUGUACAACAUUAUAAUUUCACGGGCAAGCUGCCGAACAGCGAGGGUGAGAGUGGCCUCCGUGUCACGCCCAUCCUGUUCAUCGUGGUGUGCUGCCUGAUCAUCCUGGAGAACCUGAUGGUGCUGCUGGCCAUCUGGCAGACCAAGAAGUUCCACCGCGCCAUGUAUUACUUCAUCGGCAACCUGGCGCUGUCCGACCUGCUGGCCGGCGCCGCCUACACCGUCAACAUCCUGCUGUCCGGCUCCAACACGUACCGCCUCACCCCGGCCCAGUGGUUCCUGAGGGAGGGCAGCAUGUUCGUGGCGCUGGCCGCCUCCGUGCUCAGCCUGCUGGCCAUCGCCAUCGAGCGCUACCUGACCAUGAUGAAGCUGAAGCCGCACAACUCUGGCGGUAGCCACCGUGUCUUCCUGCUGAUCAGCGGCUGCUGGCUGCUGUCGCUGUUGCUGGGCGGGCUGCCUAUCAUGGGCUGGAACUGCCUGCGCCGCCUCAAGUACUGCUCCACCGUGUUGCCCCUCUACCACAAGCACUAUAUCCUCUUCUGCACCAGCGUGUUCAGCAUCAUCCUGCUGGCCAUCGUGCUGCUGUACGCUCGCAUCUACCUGCUGGUGAGGUCGAGGACCCGCCGCCUCACCUUCAACCGCUACUCGGUCCGGCAGAGCAGGAACGACGAGAAGGCGCUGGCGCUGCUGAAGACGGUCAUCAUCGUGUUGAGCGGCUUCAUCGCCUGCUGGUCGCCGCUAUUCGUGCUGCUACUCUUCGACGUGGCGUGCGCGGUGAGGGGCUGCCCGGUGCUGUACCGGGCCGAGUGGUUCCUGGCGCUGGCCGUGCUCAACUCGGCCAUGAACCCCAUCAUCUACACGCUGACCAACCGGGAGAUGAGGCGGGCUUUCGCCCGGCUGCUGUGCUGCCACCAUUGGUCACUCAAGGCGGCGGCCGGCGCCACCGGGGCCGACUUCAACCGCAGCAAAUCCGACAACUCGUCGCUCCAGCACAAGGACGAGUGCGGCACCCCCGAGACCCUCAUGUCGUCCGGGAAUAUCAACUCUUCUGCGUGAGGAGUGGCAGAGUCAACCCUCAUCCACCCCCUUGGAGCCGCGGUGAAGACGAAGACAGCGGCGGCGGCGCCUCAACUCACGUCUGAAGAAGUGUCUCGACCUGAAGCGCCACCCAUUCCUUCUCUCCAGAGAUGCUGCCUGUCCCACUGAGUUACUCCAGCAUUGUGUGUCUAUCUUCGGCGUAUAACCAGCAUCUACAGUUCCUUCCUACACACCUCAACUCGGGGCAAUGUGAUCCUCAACCUCCAAACUUAGACACGUCCCGGCCAGUCCGGGAUGGAGUGGCCAAGCCCGCACUUCAUUCUCCCAAAGGAACAGCAAUGCAAACUCUUAACAAUGCAUGGACACUGUUGCUCGGGACUUCGAAAGGGAGAUACAUGCAUUUAUCCAUAAUGCGAACGUGGCAACCAAUAUUUUUGGCCAGCCUCAAGACUUUGGGAAUCAAGAAUGUUACCGUUCACGAUGCUAACUCCUGUGUCCCAACCCACCUUCAGGAGUGGCAUAGAUUUUAGAGUUUCCUGGACAAUAGAUCACGUGGAGAACAUCUUAUGGACUGACUGCCAAGUUCCCAAACACUUGGCAAUUUUGUGACUUUGGCGAAGCGGUUAUUUUUUACUAAGAGGCCGAGUAUUUUAGAGAAGCAUUAUCAGGCAUUAAAUUCCUGUCUAGGCACAGUAUUAAAAUAUUCUAUCAUACCUGUUUUGUAAAAUAAGAUAAAGAGAAUAUAAUGUUGAAAUGUCACCAAUUAAAAAGUUACUUACGGGCCUGAACUGUAUAAUUUUGAAUGUAUAAAAGUGUCACUCCACCCUUUGAUUAUUGUGAACUUAACCUCUGAUUAUUAAUUUAUUAACAUUGUGAAACAUAAUUAGCAGUUCCCCAGAUUUAUUUGCGUAAAAUUACUAUAAAUACUGUAUUUAGGUUUUUGCCCAAACAAAAGCCGUCUAAAUUAUUGAAAUUAUGCAAUUAGGAGUUGACACAAAGUAUUAUAAAUGGCAUGAUUUCUUCCGAAUUGGAUAUUGUGACAUUCUGAAAAUGCGAGAAUGACAUUCAAAUGGAAUCACACAGAAUAUAUGUAAAUAUACUUUAAAAUCCAACAAAUGUUUUAAGCUUUCAUUUAUUACGAUGCACCCUUCAUAGAUAGGAGAAUAAUUUACUAAUCAAAUCUUCACUCACAUAUAAAACUAUUAAAGUUGGGAAGGAAUGGAAGCAGUCAGUUUUGUAUAGUGGAUUUUGAUCUGUUGGAAAACUGGGAUGAUUGAAAUUAUGUCUCUCAGCAGUUCCUGGUCCUGAUGUACAGUGGUUUUGGAUAAUUCGCACAUUAUUUUCGCACAUAGAAAAAAAAUAAGUUUCUUUCCAAGUAAUUGAGAUUAAGUUCUUUAAAUGUCAUGGGAAUCAAUUGCCUUAAUAUUUUGAAAUU